AAUCUGCUGGGUUUGGCUGCAUAGAGAAAACGGAGCCAAACUCUACUCGGAACACAAUGAAAAAGGAGCCCUAUGCUGUGGCUCCCAUUUGCUCUAUCACAAAUUCUUUCAUUUCACCCCUAUUCCUACUCUUCGAAAUCUAAGUACCAAGCAAACCCCUUUUACAGUUAGAAAAAAACCCUGAAAAUGGAAGUGAAAGUUCAAUUACUUUAGCAUCGUAUUUAUUGAAUAAAAAGAUACAAAGCUCUGAUCCCCAGGACAUUGAUGAGCACUGCACCACCAUCUGUAACCAGACAUCUGCAGUAUAAAGUGGAAACACUGGAAAUGGCCCUACGGCACGUGACCAGAAAAUCUGUGAGAGAAACUGUGAAAACACAGCGCCAACCAAGUAUGAUGGAGAUCGAAAAACUGCAGCAACUACUAGAAAUGAAGGAUUGAGAGAUGCACUGAGUAAAGAACGUAGCCCAGAAUAUCUUAAAUGACGGGAUUGAGGUGGAAAGGUUCUAUAUAGAUGCUCUGUAACAUGUGAAUCUGGAGAUCAUAUCCAGUAGAAAGCAUUAAAAGGAAAAGGCCCAAACUGUCUGUAACAGAAAAACUGUGGAGGCAUGUGCAGGGAAAGAAAAAUUUCUUCAAACCAACACAUUGAAAAGCAACAUAAAUAGCACAAAUAAUGUGCACAGAGACCUAGAGGAAGCAAAUAAAUGCUAUUGGAGAAAAUAAAAAAAACAUUUUGAAAAACUGGAUAUCAGUAAGUUGACAUGGGAACAAAAAGAAUGUGUUCUGCAAUUGCUUUUUUUCCAAAUGAAUGGCACAAAUCCAUGGUAAUCUUUUAUUUCUUCAGUAGGUGGAUGCUGAACAAGGCUGGUUACUCCAGGCCAGGGGAUUCCAAUAAGUUCUGAAUCUAACAAAAGAAUCUAGCUGUGGCUUGGUGUGAGGUACUUUAAGUUUUUGAAAAAGUUGAUAUACUAUAUACUGAUUUUGUACAUGCACUAGACUAUACUGCUAGAUCUUUGUGUACUGUGUCAGAAGAAAAACCUGUGGAAGUAAAUUUUGGCAUUGCUAAGGUCAAGAGUAUAAGUCAGGAGAAUUAACUUUGCUCAGUGCAGUGGGAUUUAUUUUGUUCAGUCAUUAAUGGAUCUCUAUCCAUCUUUACCAAACGAGUAAAUAAUGUCUGUUGUGACAAUAGCACUCCCCAUGCAUAUUUCCUUAUAGUAAGAGUAUUGUAAAGCAAACUUCCCAGUAUUAGAAAGUACAAAUAGCCACAGCCAGAUUAUGAAAAGUUUACUUACUCUAUGGUUCAUUGCUCUCUGCAUAAGAAAUGUGGGAGCAUGACUUUAGAGAUAUCUAAAAUAUAGCUUACACUGGAAAUUCAAAGUUCAAGCAGAAUUAAGUAGAUUAUAAGCUGUGAACUGGGACAUAAGAUCUAUAAUAGUGUAUCUAUAUGCACAUGAAUGUUUGUGUGACAAGAGUGAGGAAUUUUUUAUUUAUUUUAAAAUCUGUUGUUGUGUUGAUCUUUCAGCAGCAGGCAUUUAGACUCAGUUUUCAUGGGAAAAAAAAAGUCUCAUGACCCCCUAAAGCCUUCUCUUAUUGAAAAGCAGCUUUAUAUUUUCUGGAGGAUGCUCUUGUGAAAGUCCAUUGUCAUACAGGGAGACACAUUUUCAGCUAGCCACAGUGAGUUUUGAUUAAAAAGGCAAAAUCUAUGCAGCUGAUGUUGCGUUCAGUAUAGAAUCAGGGAGGGUGGACCAUGAUGAAGACUCAUAUGCCUGAUUUUCAGAUACCAACUCAGAUACAACUUUAUUGCUAAUUAUAACACUCCAAGGCAAGCAAUGUCAGCUUACCCUGGAGGAAUACACAGGGUGGGGUUCUGGCAUGCACGGCUUGUCAGAUGUGAGGCAGUCAAGCACACAAGCCAAAAUGUAAUACUCAGACAUCAAAUUACCAGAUAAAGUUCAUAAGCAGGAGCCCUGGAGGCAUUUAUACAUAAAGAUAUAGAAAGAUGUGAGACACUUCCUUUGGAAAGGUAGGCUGCCACUUUCCAAAAUGGAAGUGGAAGUGGAUUGGAGCCUUUUUUUGACACAGACAGAAAAAAAACCCCUAGGAGUGGAAGUCACAGGGCCAAAUUGUUAGAGGUGGUUAAGCCAUUUUAAAACAAUUUUUGGUCUUAAGAGUAUUAAAUAGCUUUUAGAAUCUACAUUUCAGUGCCUUCUAGGCAAGAAACUAUUUUUAAUAGUAUUCAAAGGGUUGACUAUGAAAUUGUAUUUUAAUAGUCUAAAGAAAUUUAUUAUGAGAUACUUUAGAUUAUACUUUUGUGUAACAUAGAAGAUACAUUAUUUAGCUUAUUUUUAUGUCAAAUAUUAAAUAAUAAAGGAGAAUAAGCAGAUGAGUGGAAAGCAGUAACAGCAGUGAGAUGAGGCAGGUAAAUCACAAUCAAAUAGCAUCUGCAGCUUGAUAUAAAAAGGUAGUUCAUUAUUAAAAAAGGAAUGUACAAGAUUUGUAUUUCUAGUACAAUUAUUUAAAACUAUUCACGUAAAAAUGUUGUUGGAAAUAUGGAUAAUUAGAAAAGAUGUUUGCACAAAAAGAUCAUGCAGGUGUCUAAAAUAUAUCUGGAGAAAGUGCAGGGGUAGUCCUGCAAUUCUUCAGGGAUCAGGUAACCUUGAUAAUAGACUGCUUUUGUUACAGGAGAGGAUGGAUUUUAGAAUUUCUAAAGGAAAGAUAUAAUGGGUUUUAAUAGGACAACAGAAAAGUCAGAAUAGCAAUACUGAUUAGGGAGAAAAUUAAGGCAUUUUGAAAGUAAAUUACUGUAGACAGUAUUAGAGGCUGUUAAUUAGUAUUUCUUUCCUAGGUGCUUGAGUGAAUGCCAAUGUCUUAAUGGUAAUUUACCUAGAAUAUUUUACCUUUGCAACACAGAAAAUACUUCUCCCAACCUAAUAUUUAUUACACAGCAGGCCACAUUAUCGGAUUCAUCAUCUUCUGCAGUGAUCCUUCCACAUAUUCAGAUGUUAACACCAUAGGGCAAAUACGGCAGCUGUACACUUCCCAUGAACAGCAGCCAGCAAUUAGCAACUCAUCUGCACUAUUUAUUUUGAAAGUUAGCUUCUGACUAAGGCUGUGAGUUCGAGAUCCCCUGUCUGUUGCACUGCUGCUUUGACUGUGUGUUUGAAAUCCAUCUGAAAUAUACUUAUUUUUCUCCUUCUUAAAGAACUUAUUCUUGCCCAAGCCAGGACCUUGCAAGACCCUGUAAAAAACACUAGGAUUUGGACUAGUGGUUAGAACCCUGUGUAUAAAGAGUUGGUACAACUUGGUGAAGAUAUAUUUUCAUUUUGUAAUAAAACCAUUCACGUGAAGCUGAAGAGAUUCUGUGAUCAACUUAUGUGUACAUGGAAACAGAAACAAGGCAUUCCUUGAAAUGCUGUGUGAGGAAAUCGAUACAGACAUCCCUGAAAUACUGAAAAAGGAAGAUGUAUACGUGGGUUACAAGAGUUGCAGACUCUUGUAACCCCUCCCUGUGAAGAGGGGAAUAAAAUCAACAUCACACCUACAUAAGGUCUUGCCAAGGAACAGUCAUAGUCUGCAGAAAUAUAUUAGAAUGUUUUUAAUUCACAAUCAAAUUGCAAGGUGAGAAUUUCCCUCUAGUGUAUAAGAUGAAAAAACAAGAUACAAACAUUAGUGAAUGCACAGCAAUUGCACUAAUACAGAGCUGUCAGGUACAAGGCAUCUUUACCAGAAGGCAGGAUACGAAGUGUUCACAUUCAGAUUGUUUAAUUAGAACAAGUAAUGGUUACAAUCAUU